AUGGACCGUGACUGGGAAGAUCUCUCCGAGGCCAGCACAGUAGUGGCAAAGCCGUCACCUAGUCCUCCUCCGGGGGCUAGUAUUCGACUUCAUACGCGUAAACGACGUAGUGGAGGGAGACCCUCUGUCGUCUUUCAGAAGGCAUCCACCAGACGCGCCCCUGCGUCGCCUACGGCACAGCGGCCUCGUCGCGUGGUUGUUAACAAAGAGGUCUGGCUCAAUGGCAUGCUUGACCUGACAAGCUUCAGUGCCAAAUACAUCUUCGAUGUAGUAAGACGCGCCGUCUGGUUCAUGAAGUUCCCCAUAUCCAUCCUGGUCUUCGUCUGGAUGCUGGCCUUUAUCACGGUAAAAGUUCAAGACACGCUCCGCGCAGCUCUGUCCCCCGUUUGCUUCAUCCCAGGAAUAUCGAGUUUACGAAUAUGCCGGCCAGAAAUUCCCCACAGAGAGACUGCAUCCAAAGCACCGCGCAGGGCAGACUAUCCCGCGAUGAUUGACAUGCAGAGCAAAAGCUUCGAAGAGCUCUUGGAUCAAUCCGUCUUCAUGGGAGGCGGUGGGCUGUCUCUAAACAUCAAGAAAGCGGAAAUCGCGAGCAGAGACCUUCUCACCUUAAUCAAGUACAGUGACAUGAAGAGCAAGGACGUUCUCGUAGAGAUGAUGGACUCUUUCGUACUCGACGCGCAAACCGCGGGACGAAGUCUCAAUAAGCUGAACGCGAAGAUUGGCGGCGCAGUGGACAGUAUCACAUCAGUCAACAAUUACGCUCUCCGAAUCAUUGAAGAAGCGCAAGCAAACGCUGCUUCGGGGUUCUCUCUGAAGGCGCUCAUACCUUGGUCAUCCAAACCGGAUACACAAGCAGUCGUCACGGCGACAUUCACCCAAGCCAUGGAACUCUUGUCCACCCACCUCCGCCGCCUCAUCCUCGAAGCCGAAAUCUCGCACGCAAGUCUCGAGAAGCUCGAAGAACGCCUCUCCACCCUCCACGAAAUCGUCACGAGAGAAGACGCCGCCCUAGCCGCCUCUCGCGCAGCGCUCUUCGCUGAUCUGUGGACGAUUCUAGGGGGGAACAGGGAUAAAGUCGAUCAGCACGACAAUAACCUCGCUUUGCUCAAGAAUUUAGGAGGAUAUAGGAAUAGAGCUUUGUCGCUAGUGGUGUCUGCACUGCACACACUGCGUGGUUUGAGUUCAGAGAUAGAAAACCUGCGAGAGAGGGUGUCUGAACCCGAGCUCAUUGGGACCGCGACCCCCAUCGAGGUCCAUAUGGAAAGCAUCAAAGCGGGUUUGGGGCGGCUCCAAGAGGGGAGGCUGAAAGCUAAGGAGAGAGAAGAUUAUGUGCUACGACAGAUCAUGGGGGAAGAGGGCAUAACUGAUUGA